AUGUCGCUCAUGAGAGCAGGAACCGCCGCCUGCUUCCGGGCAGGCAGGCUCGCCGCCCCUUUGAAUGCCCGAUUCGUGGCCACCAACACCGGUCGCGGUGAUCCCUCCGUGAAAACCAACCCUUCUGACGCCCCGGCUGUCCCUCCCAAGGACAGCUCGAUCAUCCAGCAGGAGACGCCUGCCCAGGCAAUGGCUCGUCACCAGCCCGAUUACGAGGCUACCAUUGACCACGGCACCUCGCUGUUCUCUCCCGUUCCCAAGCGCGUGAUGGAUGGCAGUGAGCCUGGCGAAACUGUUCCUGCUGCCGUUCUGUCCGGCGCUCCCACCGAUCUGCAGGCCCGUACUGUCCGGAUCUACCGUCCCACUAAGCCCGCCACGCAGUCUGGAAACUGGCACUCUCACCACUGGAGAAUGGACUGGGAUAUUUUGCAGAAGGGACACCGCUGGGAGAACCCUCUAAUGGGAUGGCAGUCGUCUGCUGAUUGCAUGCAGGGCACGAACUUGAAAUUCAAGUCGAAGGAGGAUGCCAUCUUGUUCGCGCAGAAGCAGGGAUAUGAAUACUUCGUUCAGGAGCCGAACGAGCGUCGAUUCGUUCCCAAGGCUUACGCCAAUAACUUCAACCACGAACCGAAGAAGCUCAAGCACAUCAAGACGAAAUAA